CCCUACUGAGAAAAUGACGUACGUGUAAGGAAGACGAGUGUUUGGCAGUAGUUGGAAGGAGUUGGAUGAAACAGACCUACGUGCUUACAUUGGGCUGAUGCUUCCUGUUGGAGUGUAAAGAUCCGGUGAUCUGAUUGGUCAGCAAUGUGGGCAUGGGCACUGCUUCCGAUCCUCCUGGCCAUUGGGGGUGCUGCGGGGAUGUGGGCAGUGUGUGCUAUGGCUGUAAUAAAUGGAACAGUUAAUCUAACAAAAGGAGUACCUUAUAUCAGUGAAUGCGGCACCUACAACCCUCAGAGCUGUGUCUUUUCUCAGCUUCUCAACAUAUGUGCCUUUCUGGGGAUAUGGGUUGCGGUGUUGAGAUUUCAGCAGAUCAGAGACUUUGGACUGAACAGCAAGGUCAACACCGCCAGCUUGGUUCUGGGCUUCAUCUCAGCUCUGGGCAUCUCUGUCCUCGGAAACUUCCAGAAAUCUGUACUGUUGGGGGUCCACCUAUUCGGAGUAUUUCUGGCCUUCUUUGGGGGUCUGACCUAUUUCUGGCUUCAGGUCUGGCUUACCUACAAGGCGGAGCCAUGCCAAGACCAUCACAGGGUAGGCCCAGUUCGCAUCGUCCUCUGCAGCAUCUGCACCAUCCUCAUCUUCACCACGAUUGCGCUGCACAUCACCGGCCACCGCUCGUCCGCGGCCGUCUGCGAGUGGGUGGUCGUCAUGGCGUUCUUCGUGCUGUUCGGCCUCUUCGGGGUGGAGCUCCGCCACAUCGACUGCCACCGGCUCGCGGUGCAGAAGCACGGCCGCGGCACGCCGCUGGGCAGCAACGACGUGUUGGGACUGAGCAACGCCGCGUGAGACAGCCCCGAGGACGCAGCCUUACUGCAGCCCUGCCUCCCAUUUUGUGCACCCGCGUGCGCCUGCACACCUUAAAGGGGCAGAGGGACGAGCGCUUUCCCGAGCAGUUGCGCGGACGGACACACACAGCGAAUGAAAGCACUGCUUUUGUGUGAGAAGUGAAUAUUUUUACGUGACUAUUUAUUUCCUUAGCAGAUUAAAUUAUUCCAAGGUGGCAGUGACUACAAAGACUAAAUUGUUAACCUAAAGAUAUUCACUCAGCAGCAAAUAAGACUAUAUCUACACACUGAUGUGAAACACAGCUAAACCCUCAGACUUUAUGGAGCAAAAUAUAAGGAGUCAUGAACAUACUUAAUGCUUAAAUGCAGGCUUAUAAAGUGUUAAGAAAGGUUUAUAUAUCAACUUUUACAUUGAUGUUAGGAAAUGUUAAUUGAAUGCUCUUUAAACAUUUAAAUGGAAAAUACAUUUGAAUAAAGUCAUAUUUCUGUAAAUAAGCUAGAAGCACAAUAAUAUUCCCUGUUAAAAUGUGUUCUGCACUAUGAAUUUGUUUUCAGCUAUUGUUUUACCACACAAAUUUUUCCUUGCAUUUUUAAUUUAAAA